AAAUUAUAAAAUAAAGAUGGCAGAACUCUAAUGUACGAUUAUUUGUGAGGAAUUAAAUAAGAAGUUUAGAGUGACGUUAGAUUAUACAAAAACUCCAUUAGAUUUAAUGAAUGAAUUUUAAGAAUAAGUGAUACCAAAUCCUGAUCCAAAUUCAUAAAAUCCAAAUUCAUAAAAUCCAAAUUAUUUAGCAUUUAAGUUUAAUACGAAAACGCUUGAUGCUUACAUUCCAUUUAAGUAAUAAGGAGUAAAUAAUAAUGAUACAAUUGAAUUGAUCAUUAUUUAAAAAGGAGGAUUAAGUUAGUGAU